GUGUUUAAGUGUCAUGGAAUCUGCAAUUUAACAGCUUUCUUGAAAGUGGGAUAAAAAUGUUGGAUGUACAUUCAGCGUUAUAUGGUCUUAUAAAAGACAAAGUGAUAUGAAAAAUUUCAGAGGAUCUCAACUCACAAUUUCUUGUGGCGAUUAACUGAGUUCAUUAAAAACAUUUGAGUAAUGCCAUUCAGCACGUAGUGACAUUUGCACUCAAAAGCCUCCAAAUUGAACGACAUUCACCGUGGUCGUGGGUUUUGCGACCGCCUAGUGCAACGCGGAUAAUGUCUUCUAGGAUGAAGUUUCAAUCGUUUCACUCUCAACAAAUCGCUGUUCAUUGUAAAUCUAAGAUAGCAAGAACGUGGGCAUUCGUCUCUUUCGUGAUGACCUCGAUAAUUGUUCUGGAUUCUUCGGAGGACGAGUCUGAUGCUGCCGCUGAGACAAUAAGAAAAACAGCAGAGAGGAAACAAACAUCUGACCAUAAUGUUUACCCCGAAUUGAUAAAGGGUUCAACGCUGCCAGGAAAUUCUUCGCCAAGAUAUAGUAAAGAAAAUAUUGAAUUAAAGCGAAAGGAUGAAAAUGACAUUGAGAAGCCUCGAAAAAGGAUAAAACCUACUUUAGUCAGCAAAACAAUCAACAAGGGCAACUUUGUGGGUAGCAUCACUCAAAUUGAGACGGGCAACAAUGAAGUUAUUUAUACUGCAAAAAGAAGACAAAGCGAUAUUGCUGAAAGUACUGAACUUCAUGUAGAUGAACAUAAUUUUAUUCAGAAUUUAGAAGGCCUGGAUAAAUUGAAAAAAAGUGAAAACAAUGAAAAUCUACUUACUCCAACAUUCAACGCUCUAAUUGAGGCUUGUAAAAAAGCUGACUCUUCUAAUGACAUGAAUAUAUUGAUAGAGAAGAAGCUACUCAAAUAUUAUCAUUCGGUACAUCCUGAUUUCGUAACAUCAAAAGGCUUUUGCAAAACUGUCAAGUUAGUUCAUGAACAAAUCGAGUCUAAGCCUGAAUUAGUAUACUACCAGCUAAGGACUGUUUUCGAGGAACUGAAAAUUAGGCGUAAGAGUAAUACGGCAGUAAUGUCAAAUGAAGAUGUGUCAUCGACGGGAAAUGAACGACGUGAUCGUCAAAUAAGAUUACUGAGCAAAGGCCUACUGAGUUUGACAAAACGAAUUGAAAAGCUAGAAGAAACUGACGUGGACUUUGGUGAUGAAGACAAUUCAGCGUAUCUGCAGCUUGAACGGCUAAAAAAGCACGCUUGCAAGAUUUAUGAUAAAAUUUGUGACUUAACUGGAGAAAGUAGACACGCCCACAGAGCCGUGAAAAAACCGGUUACUUUUCAAGGAACAUGCUAUCCACAGUUUAAUAAAACACUUCAAGCCUUUGUGAAUAGAACAGAAACAUUCCCCGAUUUUUUCGAUGUAUUGCGAUGUUUAGAACAUUGCAAUACUCAUUACAGUUUUGAACUUCGAAAUGAUGAAAUGAAAAAAAUAGCUCAAGAUGCUUUCCUGAAAAUUGGAAAGUUAUUACAAAAUAGACGGAAGGCUGACUUGUACGAGACUGUAGCACAUUUUGCAGGGGUGAGUCCCGAUCCUGCAUUAGAAGAUGAAGAGUUGAAUGCAAAACUAGCGGAGAAUCAAAAAUUUCAUACCAAAAUUGGGUCUAUAAUUGACAGGUAUGCUAAAGAACAAGAAUUAUCAGCAAAAGAGUAUAGAACCAACGAUGAGAAAAGUGUGAACAUGCAGGACUCUCACCUUGCGGAUAAGGAGAAUCAAAAUAUUGAAUGCCAAGGAAUAAACAAAGGGAGGUUCAAGCAAACCGAUAAAGCUGUAACUGAAGUCGAAAGUUUCAUAUCCGUAAUAAAUGAAAGCAAAGACGAGAGUGCCUCACUCAAAAUUGAGGAAGAAAGAACAGAUAACAUAGCCGCUGAGAUCGACAAUCUUGACGAAAUAAUAAUAUCUGACGAAGAUGAUUCCUAGUGUUUAAAUUAAUCAGCCUUUCAUAUUAAAAAUUUGUUUUCUGACAUUCUAAACGCUGUGUGACUUUGAUAGACUUAUUUACUCUUGUUUGUAUAUAAAAUUUGUAUUUUAAU